AUGGCGGAGCCGCGCCGGGUGCCGUUCAUUAGUCUGGCACCCGUGAGGCGACGCGAGGGCGAGAGCCCGUCCCUGGAGCGCGAGCCCGGGGGCCGCGAGCCGGAGCCGGAGCAGCCGCUAUUGCUAGGGCGCGAGGUGGUGCCGCCGCCCGACCAACAGCAUGAGCUUUCCCGGCCGGAGCCACAGGCUCAGCUGCCGCGCGAGACCAGCCCCCGGCCGGAACCGCCGCGUGAGACCAGCCGGCCUGAGCAGCAGCGCGAGCCCCCCCGGCCGGAGCCGCCGCCGGCGCAACAGCAACAGCGCGAGAGCAGCCGGCAGGAGCCGCCGCCGCCGCAGGAGGCACCACCGCCACGCCAGACGGUCCGCCUGGAGGUGGUGCUGAAGGACCCAACCGAGGAGAGCUGCGUGGAGUUCAGCUACCCCGAGCUGCUGCUGUGCGGGGAGCCGCGGAAGAAACCUACCCACUCAGAAGAUCCAUUUAAUGAUGAACAACGUGAGCGGUAUGAGGUGGAAACGCUGGCCAAGAAAUUUGAGGCAAAAUAUGGUGGGAAGUGUCAUAAGCAUCGAAAGGAUCGCUUGCAGGAUCUGAUCGAUAUAGGUUAUGGCUACGAUGAAACAGACCCUUUCAUCGAUAACUCUGAAGCUUAUGAUGAAUUGGUUCCUGCAUCUCUGACAACCAAAUAUGGGGGAUUUUACAUCAACACGGGAACACUGCAAUUCCGCCAGGCAUCUGAUUCAGAGGAUGAAGACUUUGCAGAGGACAAAAAGCACAGGCCACCUAAAGUAUCCAAACUGAAAGAAGGAGAGGACCGUGGGAUUAAGAAGCGGAAGCGGAAAGAGGAGGGCACAGAGAAGGAGAAAAAGCCUCGGAAAAUGAAAGUUCCUAAGCAGCUGGGAGUAAUGGCUUUAAAUUCACACAAAUCUGAAAAGAAGAAGAAGAAGUUAUACAAGGACUCGCUUUCUUUGGCAGCCAUGAUCCGGAAGUUCCAAAAGGAGAAGGAAGCCCUGAGGAAGAAAGAAUCCAAUCCAGAACCCCCAGUGACUAUUGCCACCUCCACCCCUAGUAAAGCCCCUUCCUCCUCUGCUACCACAGGAAAUGAUGUCUCAGACUUGAACCUCAGGGUUACCGAUCCUGUCCUCUCCAUUUUUGGUAGCACAAAUGAGCAUGAGCUCCUGCAGGAAACCGAAAGUGCCCUGGAGAUUCUGGGAGAGAUUGACUUUGACAAGCUGCUUGAUGGCACCUCUAAUGGCAGCCCAGUGUCUGAGCCAUCAGGAGAGAAUGGAAGUGCCACUCAGCCAACCAACACCUCUCAGGUCAUGACACCAAAGCAGGUGCCUGCCCUCCCAGAAGGCCUGCCUGUCCUUCUUGAAAAGCGCAUUGGAGACCUACGAAUAGCUGCCAAGCUGUUCGAUGAAGAAGGCAGGAAGAAAUUCUUCACACAGGAUAUGAACAAUAUUCUGCUGGAUAUUGAGCUGCAGUUACAGGAGAUGAGUCCUAUCGUCCGUCACAACGUGUACUCCCAUCUUGAGGCUUUUGUGCCAUGCAAUAAGGACACACUGAUAAAGCGUCUGAAGAAAUUACACCUCAAUGUCCAGGAUGACCGUUUGAGGGAACCGCUGCAAAAGCUGAGACUGGCUGUCAGCAAUGUCAUGCCUGAACAAUUAUUCAAGUAUCAGGAAGACUGUCAGGCUCGCAAUCAAGCCAAGAAUGCAAAAUUGCAAGCAGAAGAUGAACGAGAGAAAAAUGGGUCAGAGGAAGAUGAUGAUGAGAAGCCAGGAAAGAGGAUUGUUGGGCCAAGAAAGAAAUUCCACUGGGAUGAUACAGUGAGGGCUUUGUUGUGUAACCUUGUCAAGAUCAAGCUGGGAUGCUAUGAGCUAGAGCCAAAUAGAAGUCAGUCUCCUGAGGAUUACCUCAAGACCUUUAUGGAGACAGAGGUGAAACCACUUUGGCCUAAAGGCUGGAUGCAGGCUAGGAUGCUCUUUAAAGAAAGCCGAAGUGUUCACAAUCAUCUCACUUCUGCUCCGGCAAAGAAGAAGGUGAUUCUGGCACCUAAACCCAAAGUGAAGGAUUCCAGUCCAAAGAAAGAGCAGAAAGCCUGUACAUCUUUGGUGACUUCAGCUUGUGUUACUAAUUCCAGCGCACCUAUCAGUACGGUAGCUAGCUCUAUCUGUACAUCAGCUCCAGAGACUAUCUGUUUGGAUGACUCACUGGAUGAAGACCUCUCUUUCCACCCACCCUCUUUGGAUUCUAUAUCUGAUGCUUUGGCAGUUAUCAACAAUGGAGCCAAGAUCUCGCCCGUGGGGUCCACCAUAGACACACCAACCUCAAGACCUCGUCCUGGGCUGAGAGAAGAGAAGCUAGCAAGCAUCAUGAGUAAGUUGCCUCUAGCAACUUCAAAGAAGGUAGAGCCAACUCAGAGUCCACAUUCAUCAAGUCUUAUCGCUGGUCACACAGGACCAGUACCAAAGAAACCCCAGGACUUAGUUCACACGGGCAUCUCUUCAGGCCUUAUUGCUGGCUCUUCAAUUCAAAACCCCAAGGUUUCCUUGGAACCCUUGCCAGCCAAGCUACUUCAGCAAGGACUACAGAGGUCAAGCCAGAUCCAAGCUGCUUCCUCUUCGCAGACCCAUAUUUCUUCUUCCUCCAAGGCCCAAGCAGCUACUUCCUCCUCCUCCUCCUCUCAGAGGUGCAAGGAUGCUGCUAUCCUGGUAUCCUCUUCAGAGGGCCAAGGUGGUUCUUCCUCAACAUUACAAGUGACAAAGGUGCACCAGCAUUCGGCUGUCCAACAGAAAUACGUGUCUCCUCUACAAGCAACUAUUAGUAAGUCACAGACCAAUCCAGUGGUGAAACUGAGUAGCAAUCCCAAGCUCUCCUGUUCAUCCCCAGUCAUCAAGAGUCCAGAUAAGCCAGUAAUGUACCGCCUUCCUUUGUCUAACCCCUCAUCUGGAAGUGGUUCUCAAGUAUCCCACCCUCUAGUUUCUCGGACAACAUCCAGCACCUCUACCUCUAGUAACUGUUUUGCCAAGGCUAUGGUGUCGCAGGGUUCUUCCCAUGGUUUCAAGCCUCCCUUCUCCAUAGCUGCCUCUCCUAAACCUGCUGCCUCUCCCAAGCCCACUUCAUCCAAACCUUCUGUCACACCCAAGCCCACAGCAUCACCUAAAUUUCCAUCUAAAUCAACCUCAUCCUCCAGGCCCACAACAUCACCCACUUCUUCCAGUUCAAGUGCACUAGUACCCCAGAGUAGUCACUCCAGUAGCAGCCCCCUUCAUAAACAGCCCAGUGGAGUAAAUAUCAGCAGGCAGUCUCCCACAAUGAAUUUGCUGCCAUCUAGUCGCACCACAGGCCUUCAGCCUGCAAAGAACCCUCAGGCCUCUUCAAAGUUGCCCAACUCUUCUCCCUCUGGGACUAUUGGCAAAAAUAACUUGAGUGGAGUCGCAAUGAAUGUACCUGCCAGCAGAGGCAGUAACCCUAAUUCAAGCGGAGCAAGUAGGACUAGUCUCUCUGGGGGAGCAGGAAGUGGAACACAGGGUGCUACUAAACAGUUGUCGACGCCACACAGACCAUCUUCUGCCUCAGGGUCUCCAGUUGUAGCAGCCAGCGUGCAGUCAACAGCAGGAGCAUCGUUACUGGCAAAUGCCUCACCUCUGACUCUUAUGACAUCACCCCUGUCUGUAACCAAUCAGAAUGUGACGUCUGCACCAUUGACCCCUUUUGGGAUGCUGGGUGGCCUUGUUCCUGUGACUGUACCCUUCCAAUUUCCCUUGGAGCUGCUUGGCUUUGGGACGGACACAGCUGGAGUAACAACCACCUCGGGAUCUACCUCAGCGGCUUUCCACCACAGCCUAGCUCAAAAUUUACUGAAGGGUUUGCAGCCAGGUGCCCAGCAUGCAGCGACGCUGUCUCAUUCACCUCUGCCUGCUCACUUGCAGCAAGCUUACACAGAUGGAGGCCAAAGUAAAGGGGACACUAAGUUACAGCGGAAAACCCAGUGACUUCUGGAUGAGCACGGGAGCAUGAAGCGGUUCUGAUUGGCUGAUGGAAUCUGCCCGGUUGGGAAAGUGCUUACAUGGUCACAGGGCUGCUGUUUCUGUCAAUGUUUACAUACUCUGAUCCCAAGCACUGUGGUGAGAGGAAAGAAGAAAAAGAAAAUACUUGAUCAAAUAGAGGAGGAAAAGGAGGAAAGGCUUUCAUGCAGAUUGAUCAGAGUUUGAGCUUACCUAAAGAAACUCAGCCUUUUAAAAUCUAUUCUGACUGGCAAGUUUCAGUUGUCAAACCCACGGUGGCACAAUGUUUACUUUCUGGGUAAUGCCUAAUGAUAAGGAGGAAGCAUGAAGAGAGAUGGAGUAAAUUUCUCCAUCUAUCCUGGGAGGUAGGAAGCUAUCCACUUUAACAAUUUGAAGGUCCCUGCAAAAGAAUAUAAAUGGGCCCUGAGU